CGACAAUUUGACAAUGACAAUCAAAACAAAAUUGUGAGGCCGUCCUCAUUUUAGUAAUGUUUAUUUUUAUAAUUAAAUAUAAAUGAACAUGGCAUUAUGACCAAGAACUUUAAACAUGUAUAAACGGGUACAUUACUUUGGUACAGUAUUGUUUAUGUGUUCACUUAUUUAUUUAGUUAGAGUUGUGUUUACGGAGAUCUUCGACGAUGAGACGGCGUUGGUCGAUGAAUGGCUUGACCAGAACGAUCUCAGUGAAUAUAAGAAGCUUUUUAGAGAAUAUGGAAUAUCCACAUUAUCCGGAUGCGGUUCCCCGGACACGCUGGACCGGCUGCCGGAGCUGCCGGCGGCGGAGGAGAAGCGCCUGCGCCGAGCUGCACAGGUGCUGCAGCAGCGGCUCGUGCUGCGACAGUGGCUGGCUACACAUAGGCUGCAGCAUUGUUAUACCAAACUCCUCAGUCUCGAUGUAUCCUCUCUGGAGGACGUGUACUGGCUGGAGGACAGCACAGCGCACCACGUGCUGGACCCCAAAGACUUCGGCGCGUGGUCCGCAGCCCGCCAGAGUCUACCCACUGGUAAGGAGGCGCUGCAGACCCUGAAAGCUGACCUCUGGAACGUUGUGGUCAAGAAUAGUAAGCACCAGGACGCUUGGACUUGGGGGGGCAUGCUGGUGGUGUCGGUGUCGGUGUGUGGCCUGGUCACCCUGGCGGCCAUGACACAGCCCUCCCUCGCGCCCGAGGCGAAGCACUCCCUGCUGCAGUACGUCACCGGGAAGUACCUGCAUCCACCUAGUUGUAAGGUGGAAUGGGGCUGGACGGAGCCUCAAGCUGUAGGCGAGACAAUGUGCUUCACAGUCCACUGCUUCCAGCGGAAUGGACACCCGUAUCCCAUCUGUGACACAGAUGAGCUGACUGUGACUAUCAGUCAUGGCACAAGGAAGCAGGUGACGGCGGUCAUAGAUCUGGGGUCAGGUGACCCGGCGCAGGCUAACACUGCCCGGGUCAAGUUCACCGUCCGAACUGCUGGCGUCUACAUCAUUUCUAUUAUGAUUGGUGAGAUGUCGAAUGUCUUUAGUCUGGUAUCCAUUAGCGGUAGCCCUUAUCGCAAGUGGUUUACGGCGGGCAGAGUGGAGGCGCGGCGCUCGCGCGUGGGGCGGGCGCUGCACGCGCUGGUGUGCGCGGCCGGCCACGCGCGCGCGCUGCACGUGCAUCCGCGCGACCAGUACGACAACCCCGCGCCGCUGCCUGACACUGAACCACCUAAGGGCUUCACCAUUAAACUCAACCCCCUCGGAGGGGAAGUAGACGAGGAGCUGUCCUCUUCGGCAACCUUCACAUACGACGCGGUGAACCAGCGCGUGAGUGUGGCGCUGUGCUUCCCUCGCGCCGGCGUCUACCGCGCUAAGCUCAUGUAUGAAGGCGUCAUGCUGCUGAACGGGGAGUUUGACUGUAUUGUGCUUACUGCGAGCGACACGGCGACGGUGCAGCGCAACAUGUCGUCGAAGCGACACAACAUCUGCUACGAGGCGCGGCUGGUGUCGGGCAAACCGCGUCGGGUACUGUGCUGCAUCAGCCCCAAGCAGCUCACCAUCAAGGACUAUAUACUCAAGUUUAUACCUAAGAGGAUUACCAGCUUCAGAUUAUGCCCUUCAACUAAGUUGAUCCUAAAGCCGACGCCAGAAGGUUCAGGUCCUGGUGGCGAGUUCACUCUAGAAGAUGGAGUACAGCCACAGUUGGAGUUAGUGUCUCCCGAGCGGGACCUCAUUGCCGCCACUUUCACACAGCUACUACUCGCUAACUGCGGUGGAGAAGACACCUUUAAGAACAAGCAAGACUUCUUCUACAGCGAGAUCCGCAAGGCUCACUCCCGGCACCCGCACGACAAGCUCGCUAUCCGCGUCCUCCGCGCGGAACUGCUCCGCACCAGCCUCAAGGCCACCCGCCACUUCACCGUGCAGGACUGGUGCAAGAACUUCGAUGUCACCUUCCAGGGGGAACAGGGUGUGGACUGGGGCGGAGUGCGUCGCGAGUGGUUCUCCCUGCUGUGCGGUCAGCUGUUCGACUCCAAGUUCGGGCUGUUCGUGUCCUUCCACGACUCGCCCACCGGCCUCGUGCAUCCCAACCCUGACAGACCAGCGCAUCUCAAGUUGAAGCACUUCGAGUUCGCGGGCAAGCUGGUGGGCAAGUGCCUGUACGAGUCGGCGCUGGGCGGCUCCUACCGCCAGCUCGUCCGCGCCAGGCUGACCAGGUCCUUCCUCGCGCAGAUCAUCGGCCUCCGGGUGCACUAUAAGUACUUCGAGCAAGACGACCCUGAGCUGUACCUGUCGAAGAUCAAGUACGUGCUGGAGACAGACCUGGACAGCGGCGACUCCGUGCCCGAGCUGUACUUCGCGGACGACGUGUACGACUCCUCGGGCAGGCUGCUCGAGACGCAUGACCUGGUGCCCAACGGAUCCACUAUACGGGUCCGCAACAGCAGCAAGAUCUCGUACCUGGACGCGCUGGCGCAGUGGCGGCUGGCGGCGCGGGUGCGGGCCGAGACCGACGCCUUCCUGCGCGGCCUCACGCUGCUCGUGCCCGACAACCUGCUCGCCAUCUUCGACGAGAACGAGCUGGAGUUGCUGGUGUGCGGCACGGGCGAGGUGUCGGUGGCGGACUGGCGCGCGCACGCGCUGGUGUCGGGCGCGGGGCGCGACUGGGAGCGCGUGCUGGGCUGGCUGUGGGCCGCGCUCGCCAACUUCAGCACCGAGGAGCGCGCCCGCCUGCUGCAGUUCACCACCGGCUGCUCGCAGCUGCCGCCGGGGGGCUUCCAGGAACUAAACCCCCGCUUCCAAAUUACUGCAGCGCCAAACUUCGGCGCCCUCCCCACCGCACACACGUGCUUCAACCAGCUGUGCCUGCCCGACUACGACAGCUACGAGCAGCUCGUGCACGCGCUGCUGUGGGCCAUCAACGAGGGCGGGGAGGGCUUCGGCAUGAUAUAAGGAGGGGAGUAGGGGGGGGGGAGGGUUGCUCGAUUUGGAAAAAAAAAUUGAACAGCCUAUGUUUUGGUUAAGUUUGUAAUUGAAGCUUGAAGAGUAAAAAAAACAUCCUCCUUUUUGGGAGUCGGGUAAAAGACAAAGAUGUCAAAAACAGACUUUGAUCAAAAUUGGAUCAAUUUUUGAAAAUAUGUGCGUGAUUAUCGUUUGAAGGCUUGAGACAUUUACCUAUUUUUUGCGUGGGUUCAAAAAAAUGCGAAAAGACAUGAUGAUAUUCAUCAUGAUGGGACCAACCCUGAAAAUGUAAAAAAGCAGUUUCCCGUUGAUCCCUUUUCCAAAAUCAAAAGAACUAAACUACAUAUUUACCAAAUCGAGCAAGUUUCUCCACGUUGAAUAAUUUACAAUUAUUCUAUCUCACAUUGGCGCCUCAAUCUACGUAAUAUAAUUUGCGUUACUGUAAAACUAAGUAUUUGUAAACGAGAACAGAAACACUGUUCUCUUAAAUUAUUUAGCGCCUAAAAACCCACUGGUGGGCAAAUUACUUUAUUUAUAAUCGCGGGAUCGAAAAUGUGCAAUUUGGAAGUAACUAACGUAAGCGAGCGGAUCAGGCUCUAACUAGUCAUAACUCUACGUCAGAUUAUUGUAAAAACGUAUUUAUGUUUCGCGUAAUGGCCCAGGAUGGCCUAAGAUGACCCAUGGUAGCUUAAGCUGGCCCAUGUUGGCUCAAGGUAGCUCUUCGAGGCCUACGGUGGCCCAUGGUGACCCAUGUUGUCUCAAGGUGGCCAAUGUUGUCCCAUUGUGGCUUAUAUUGGUCCAUGAUGGCCCAUAGUAGUCCAUACUAAUCCAUAAUGGCCUAUGGUGGACCAUGUCGGCCCAUGUCGGUCCAUGGUGGCCGCACGUCCAUUAUAUAAGGGGAAUAAAUCGGAUACUUGUGAAAGUAAUAAUUAAAUAUUGUACAUAACACGUGGGUCUGAGCGCUUAAACUUUAAUGGAAUCCUGCCAAAGACGAAAUCCAUCUUCAUGGAAUUGAUAAACGUAUGACAAUAACGAUAAUGUUAACAUCUAUGCUUAUUGUCUAUGGUAAUAUUAAGCGAGUUAACAACUCGACAGUGUUAACUUAAUGACUCGAUCGUAAUUGAUAAAAAAUAAAUUAAAAUUUUAACAUUAUAACACUAUUGGCAAAAGAUAUAAAAAUUACACUAAACUUGAAUUUAAAGCAGUCACAUCGCUUUUGUAAGAUUUACAUUAAACAAUGUAUUAAAAUGACAGAGAUUCAAAUCGUAUUGUUAGCAUUUUGCUUAGUCACUUAUUGAUAAGCACUGUCACGCCAAACUGCUUAAAAACACGUUAUAUUUUAUUAAAUAACUUAAAUUAUUGCGUCUUAAGCAACAUCAGUGAUUUUCGAAUAACCCGCAAAAGCUUAUUGCGAGUUUUAUUUUUCUUUAUUUGUCACGUUUAGUUAUUAUAUUGUGUGUGAGGCAUUUAUUUAGGUAUCUUCUUUUUCCGUUCUAUUCGAGGCUACCUUA